UACCUGCAUACGUGCUUGAAUACAGAAUACCUACCUGUUUGUCUGAAUAUAGCUUCUCUGUCAGCUCAGAUUGUGAGAUGGGAGUCAAGACGCAGCGUCCUCGCUGCUUCUUGGACAUCGGCAUUAGUAAUGUACCGGCGGGGCGAGUGGUUAUAGAACUGUUUUCAGAUGUGUGUCCAAAAACGUGUGAAAACUUCCGCUGUCUCUGCACAGGUGAAAAGGGAAUUGGAAAAACCACACAGAAACCCUUGCAUUACAAGGGCUGCUUGUUCCACAGGAUAGUCAAAGACUUCAUGAUACAAGGAGGAGACUUCAGUGAAGGCAAUGGCAGAGGUGGGGAGUCCAUAUAUGGAGGGUUCUUCGAAGAUGAGAGCUUUUCCAUGAAACACAAUAAGGAAUUCCUGCUGUCCAUGGCCAACAGGGGCAAAGACACCAACGGCUCCCAGUUCUUUAUAACUACAAAACCAACUCCUCACUUGGAUGGAAUUCAUGUGGUGUUUGGUCAGGUGAUCUCCGGCCAGGAGGUGAUCCGAGUCAUCGAGAGCCAAAAGACCGACACCAACAGUCGACCCUACGCCGAAGUUCGAGUGCUCAACUGCGGGGAGCUCAUUCCCAAAUCGAAAGCGAAGAAGGAGAAGAAGAGACACUCGUCCUCCAGCGAAAGCGACUCGGACUCUUCCUCGGAGUCAUCCUCGGAGUCAGACCAGUCCGAGAAGGAGGCCAAGAAACAGAAGAAGAAACUGAAGAAGGAGCAAAAGAAGAAAAAGAAAGAACAGAAAAAGAAGAAACAAGAGAAAAAGGGGUCUGAUGAAGAGGAGGAAGAAGAGCCAGAAGCGCAACAGCCGCUUUCUACUAUACGUCCGGAGGAAGUCCCGCCCGUCCCAGAGAACCGCUUCCUGAUGAGGCGGAGUCCCAAGCCACAGCCCAAAGAGGAAUCUGUGAAAGAGAGGAGCAAAGAGGAUUCUGGGAAAGACAGGCAGAGAGAGAGGGACAGAACCAUGCAGAACUCCAGGCAACCGAACCGCACCAGACUGGUGAUGACCAGAUCAGGCCGCAGGAUCAAAGGCAGAGGACCCCGGCGAUAUCGGACGCCUUCCCGGUCUCGUUCGAGGUCGUGGGAUCGCUUUCGCCGCAGCGAGACGCCCCCGCACUGGAGACAGGAAAUGCAGAGAGUGAAGAAGGCCCCUCGUACGCGAGCCGCAAGUCAGGAACGCUGGAUCAAAGGAGACAAGGGUGACAUGGUGGCGGGGAAAACCGAAACAGAAGAGCCUCCCGCCCGAGACCGAGACAGAAACAGAAAACAACCCGAGAAAGAGCGCGAGAGAAAGACUUCAGAGAGGGAGGGCAAGAAUCCGGAGAGCAAGCCAGAAAAAUCGGAGAGUCCCUCCAAAGCCCGAGAGAGAGACAGGAAGAGCAGGAGACACCACUCAAAAAGCAGAGAAAAAGACGUCCAGAAAAAGACAGACAAGGAGAAGGAGGAGGACAGCCGUAAGAGAAAGGGGCGGAGCCGGAGCCGCAGCAGGAGCAAAGAGAAGAGAGGAGAGAGAGAUCACAAACGCGGCAGAACGGAAGACAAACGAGGCCGGUCCAGAAGCAGGGACAGGAAAGAAAAAGACGCCAAAGAGAAGGAGACGAAGACAAAAGAGCCAGAGGACAGCAAAGAGAAGACCAGGCAUUCUGACGGAGGAGGAGGAGGAGGAGGAAAGGAGAAGCAAAAGGACGAAGAGAAGAAAGUCAAGAACGGAGAGAGGGAACGAGAGAAAUCCAAGAGCCGAGAGAGAGACCCCAAAACCGAAAGGGAUUCCAAACGGCGGUCCAGGUCGAAGGGGCGUGACCAAUCGCGCGACAAGGGGCGGGACAAGGGGAGGAGUCGGAGUCGAGACAGAAGGUCGAGGAGAUCCAGGAGCAGGGAGAAGGGCAGGGACAGGGGAAGAGAGGGAGAAAGAGAGAGGGAGAAGAGGAGGAGCGCGGACGAGUCCAGGAGCAGAGAGCCCAGAGGAAGAGGCAGGAGGUCACGGAGCAGGAGUAACCGCUCCAAAGAACGCUCCAGCCGUCAACAGAGGAGCAAAGAGAGGGAUGAACAGCGGAGGAGGAGGAGGGAGAAGAGCAGCAGCGGAAGCAGCGGCUCAGAAAGCGAAAGCGAGAAACGAAAACGGGGAAAGAGGAGUGAGAGCCCCGCGUCGAGAGAGAAGAAAGACGACAAGUCCCAGAGCCCCAAACGAGAGAGGAACCAUCGCCGAGAUGGCAGAGACGCCAGCUCCAGCUCCAGCGAUAGCGACUGAGCUCGUCUGCCACGGCUUCGGUAAAGUCAGGGCGCCGUCAUCGACUGAAGACCACAAGGCACCAGUUGAUUCCGUCUCUCUCCCCCUCGCUCUCUCUCUUUCUCUCUCUCUAUCUCUCUCUCUCUCUUCUUCUAUCUCAAACUUCAAGAAUGGAGAACAAGGACACGUUCCAAAGACUGAUUGACUCUCUUGUUUGUAAUUAAAGGAGUGGGGUAUGGUUGGGGUGGAUGUCCCUUGUCAGUCUGAAGCAGCUUCUCUGUGACCCGUUUUAAAGAGAACACAUUUGCAGUGUGUGGCAAGCAUGACAGAUGCAGACCUGUUUUAGACAUAUCAUUUUAAACUUAAAAGAUAGGCCCUGUUGAGCUGGAAUAUGGCUGGUAUUGUUUUAAGUUUCAUUCAAACUGUAAAGUGUCUUUGAGAACCUUGUUUCUUUUUUUUCCCCCCCUCAACAUAGUUGAAUUCGCCAAACGUACAUUUUUAAGUAGACAAAGUCUCUUAAAGAGAGAGAACCGCGUUUUGGUGUCGUUGAUGAAGAAAUUCAUGAUUUUUUUUUUUAGGUCGUUCUCUUUUUGUUACGACUGAUUUUGUGUUGAGGAAGUUUCUACCUCCUGUGAUACGAAACGAGUUAACGGAGGAUCCUGUAUUUUCGAGUUUUAUAUGGGAG